UCAGCCCUAGAAGGGAAUCAGACAGCUGGCGGGUUGGUCUUUCGCAGAUCUCACUUCUUUCAUCCUUUAUUCCAGCAGUAUCUACAGGAGAAAGCCAGACGAAGGGGAAAAAGGAAGUUUAAAUAUCUGAACUGAAAAGUUUGGUGAACGUAAGAUUUGAACGGAGGAUUAAAUUCGAAGAACGUGGCAGAACAGAAGCUUUCUUUCUUUUAACCGGGUCAGUAAGGAGAGCCUCACCCAGAACCUCGUCAUGGAACCAGCUGAGUCUGAGAUGAGCAUCCUGCCCAACGGAAUGCACAAUGUGGAGGAUGAGAUGAAUGUGCCUAUGAAGACUCUAAUGGAAGAUGAUCAGUUUGAGGAUGCUGAAGGGAAUCAAGCAGAAAAUGAAGAAUUCCUCCCCAACUCUGAGGGGAAGAAACCCAUGCGCUUCACUGACUUUGAGGGGAAGACCUCUUUUGGCAUGUCCGUGUUCAACCUAGGAAAUGCCAUCAUGGGCAGUGGAAUUCUGGGACUGGCAUACGCCAUGGCCAACACAGGCAUCAUCCUUUUCUUGUUCCUCCUAAGCGCAGUUGCUGCCCUCUCCUCCUAUUCCAUUCACCUGCUGCUGAAAGCCUCUGGUGUUGUUGGCAUCCGGGCCUAUGAGCAGCUGGGCCUCCGAGCCUUUGGUACACCUGGUAAGAUGGCUGCUGGGAUAGCCAUCACUCUGCAGAACAUUGGAGCUAUGUCCAGCUACCUGUACAUUGUGAAGUCAGAGUUUCCCCUUGUCAUUCAAGCUUUCCUAAAGACUGACUCAGCAACAGAUAUGUGGUACCUGAAUGGUAAUUAUCUGGUGGUCUUGGUUUCGGUCACUAUCAUUCUUCCCCUGGCCCUGAUGAAGCAACUGGGCUAUCUGGGCUACACCAGCGGCUUUUCCCUCAGCUGCAUGGUCUUCUUCCUCUCUGUGGUCAUCUACAAGAAGUUCCAUAUCUCCUGCCCUUUUGAGGACUAUGUCUUCAAUAGCACUGCAGCACUCCAUCAUUCCAACAUCUCUGAAGCUUCACUUGGCUAUCACGUUGGGCAUGCUCAGGAAGAUGAAUCCUGCAGCCCUCGCAUGUUCACUCUCAACUCACAGACGGCGUACACCAUCCCUAUCCUGGCCUUUGCUUUCGUGUGCCACCCCGAAGUGCUGCCCAUCUACACCGAACUGCGCAACCCUACGCAGAGAAGGAUGCAGCAUGUCUCCAACAUUUCUAUUCUGGUCAUGUACACCAUGUACUUCCUGGCUGCUCUGUUUGGAUACCUGACAUUCUAUGACAAUGUGGAAGCGGAACUGCUGCACACCUACAGUCGGAUUGAUCCAUAUGACACACUGAUGCUGUGUGUGCGUCUGGCUGUGCUCACUGCUGUCACGCUCACUGUACCCAUUGUGCUGUUUCCUGUACGCCGGGCCUUCCAGCAGAUGUUGUUCCCUAACAAGACUUUCAACUGGCUUCGCCAUAUAGCCAUUGCUGUCACCCUGCUAACCUUCAUCAACAUCCUGGUCAUUUUUGCCCCCAACAUCCUUCCCAUCUUUGGCAUCAUCGGUGCCACAUCUGCCCCCUGCCUCAUCUUCAUCUUCCCUGCCAUCUUCUACAUCCGCAUCGUGCCCAAGGAUGUGGAGCCCAUGCAUUCCACCCCCAAAAUUGUUGCUGCCUGCUUUGCCUGUCUUGGGUUCCUCUUCAUGAUUAUGAGUUUGAGCUUCAUCAUCAUCGAUUGGACAACAGGGAGCAACAAUGCUGGAAGUGGCCAUUAGGCUCCUGCCCUCUGUGCUUCGCUGUACCGUUGUUUGUGUCUGUGGAGUAGGGUUGGCAUACCGCCCUCAACUUCUUUUUCUGUUUUGGGUAACUUAUUGUAAAGGCUGCACCAUUUCCCCCGAUUGUCAAUAGCCUACAUAAUGGUUUGUGCUUAGGAAUUACGGUAUCAUCGAGUCUUUAGGACUCAGGAAGUACAAGUGUCAGUCAGAUUGGUCCUCAGCAGCUAACCGGGAUUUGCCUGGCCAUUGGAAAACAGGUGUACGAAGGAGCACUUGUCCAACUCUUUGGACUUUCCCUUGGGCCUCUAAAAUUAUAUGUCAGAGGAAAAAUGUUUUAUGACCUUAUGAUAAGCAGCUUUAUGUUUAAUUCAAAUCAUCAGUGCUCUUGUCCAGAAUGGUGUUACACAUCGUAAGGAGAGUAUGUAUCAUACAGAAUGGUGCAUCCUAACACGAGAAAAUAAAAAUAGCACAAAGUCAAGCUGGCUUUGUGAACCCCCCCCCCCAAUUAUGUACACACACACACACAUGCAGGAGCACACACUUCCACCGCCUGCCAACCCAGGAUCCAGGCCUUUGACUUUAGACACUACAGACAGUUCUGCACAAAGCAUAGACAAAAGCUUGUUUUUUAAUGUUUUAGAGUUAAGAUAGUGUUCAGAUAGGUAGUAUUUUGUAUAUUGAGGCUGAAAAUAUCUGCUGUUUUGUCACUUAGGAUAUGAUAAAUGUGGAGUGCAAUAGCACUGGGGCCAGUGAACGCUGUUGGACAGAUGGGGGGAUGGCACCGUACUACAGCCAGUUGGCUGGAUCCCUGGGCCCUGCAGCUGCCGCCACUUCCCCGCAGUCACACACCGCUGCACUCAUACACCUUUUCACUCU